CUCCAUAGGUUGCCAGCCGUUGUUCGUGGGGCAAAUAUUGACAGAUACUGGCCCACAGCCGAUGGGCGUCUGGUAGAGUACGAUAUAGAUGAAGUAGUUUACAGUAAGGACUCGCCUUAUCAGAAUAUAAAUAUUCUCCACUCAAAGCAGUUUGGAAACAUCCUCAUCCUCAAUGGAGAUGUCAACCUGGCAGAGAGUGACAUAGCUUAUACCCAUGCUAUCAUGGGCAGUGGGAAAGAAGACUACUAUGGGAAAGAAGUGUUAAUUCUUGGAGGAGGUGAUGGAGGAAUAUUGUUUGAACUCGUCAAACUCAAACCAAAGAUGGUUACCAUGGUGGAGAUAGACCAAAUGGUGAUCGAUGGAUGUAGAAAACAUAUGCGAAAAACAUGUGGUGAUGUGUUAGACAAUCUUAAAGGUGACUGCUAUGAGAUUUUGGUUGAAGAUUGUAUCCCAGUGUUGAAGAUGUAUGCCAAAGAAGGGCGAAUGUUUGACUAUGUGAUUAAUGAUCUUACCGCAGUCCCCAUUUCCACAUCUCCAGAAGAAGAUUCUACUUGGGAAUUUUUACGUUUGAUUUUGGACCUUUCCAUGAAAGUCUUGAAACAAGAUGGAAAAUACUUCACUCAGGUAAAUAAGCAAAAUUUGUCAACAUAG